CCCGGAAGCCAGGUUACAGCGACUUGUUUACACGCGCGUGUUCGUGUCCAGACCGAUCUUUACCAAACUGGUGACAUUUUUAGCUGACCGAAGUAACGUUUAUGCCUUAGACUAGCGUGAGUGUAACCAACAGGCCGAUAACAGUUGUCGAUCAUGGUCAGGCGAUGGAAACUACCGACCAGGCGUGGGGAUCAAGUCGCGCUGGGUGUGUUUACUUUCGGCGGAGUGUUUGCGUUGUGGUACGAGGUCUUCCACGUCCUGCCGACGUUCUACCCGGAAUGGACGACUGCAGCUUACGUGCACUGUGUACUUGCGGCUGUGUUUUCUUCCAGUAUAUAUGGAAACAUGCUCAUGCUUGCUACAACGGACAUCAGCGGGUCGGGCCUCAUCAUGCCAACCGGCCCCGCCCCCAAAGGGUGGCGCUACUGUGACGUGUGCGUCUGUAACUACCCCCCGAGAUCUCAUCACUGCAAGUUGUGCAACGUCUGUGUCUUAAAACGCGACCACCACUGCUUUUUCUCUGGAUACUGUAUCGGUUACCAUAACUACCGAUACUACGUUGUCAUGGUAACGUAUAUGAUGAUAGCAGGGAUCUAUGGAAAUAUUUUCAACCUGUCCUUCGUGCUCGAAGUGAAAGGAGGAAUUUCAUUUUGGCGACUCAUUUCAUUUUGUGCUCCACAUGUCGGAUUCAUGUUUGGGUUUGAAAGCUUGUACGUGUCAUUCAUUACCUCCGUGACAUCUGUCGGCUUCCUCGUCACGUAUUGUUUCGCCUGGCUCUUCAUUAACCAGGUGAUACAGAUAUUCAAAGGACAAACGAUGCACGAACGGAAGAAAAAUAUUUCCACUUAUAAUCUAGGACUAAAACAUAAUCUUGUCGAAGCCUUAGGCAAGAACUGGUAUUUGGUGUGGUUUGCGCCAUGGAUACCGUCCAAGUUGCCUGGCGACGGGCUUUCAUUUAGAUCACGUGACACAAAGGAACUUUAGUGUGUUAUACUAUCUGUGUAGAUUCGUUGUUUUGUGAAGUUAUAAGGUUUUGUAAGAUAGGGACAGACCACAAUACAUAUGACGCCGGAAAUUCAAAUGGUCUGAUCCGUAAGUUUUGAAUAUUGAACACCUACAACAAUGAUUCGUCGUUAGGUGGUAAGUGAGUAUAUAUGUCUUGUCAGGUUAUUAUCACGGGUUGACACAAAAACGUUUUUAGUAAAACAUUACUGGACGGCCCGAUAGGUCAGUGCUCAGUACAUCACGAGAUGCCUUGGUUUAUGUUUAUGUUUUCAUUUGCAAGACAUGUAAAGUGUACCCAUGUAGCCAUGAUUGUUAACCCAGCUUUGUAAUAUUACAUCCCAUAACAGUAUCCGAGCCAUACGGCGACUGUCUGUACAUAAUGAGCUCUAGACAAUCGGAUUGUCAGGGUAGAUUAUUCACAAUCACCCAUAAAUAUUACUGAGCGCGGUGUUAAAAAUAUCCAGCUUUAGAAAUUAUGCACAUUACCUCAGUGUUGUCGUGGAAUGUGUGUCAUGUGUUAUCAGUCAUUACUUAGAUGUGUUAGAGUUAGUGAGUUUCUGGCGAGACAAGCGAACGCUGUAACCACAAUGCUAAACCACUGCCGUAAUUUGAAUAAAACUUCAGGGAUUUUU